GUACGGCGGCGGGGCACCUACCGAUGUUGCCCAUACAUGGGCAGAUUUGCUUCUUUACCGGACUAUGUUGGCUGUACGGAAGUGCAGUCGAUAUUGACGACCACUGCGAGGAUGUUUCAAGACCCAUUGGCACCGGCUUGCUCCAGGCCAAGUCGCACCUGGACCCCAGCCGGCUACAAGAGCUGGAGUCGAACCUUGCGAUCGCGGACGAAAGCUGGCAAGGAGCUCGGUGCAAACAGCAGCCUUAACCGGCUUGCCGCCCAAUGCCGAAAAGGCAAGGCCAAAGCUCCUCGGGUGCCACUGGAGGUGGCCCAGCAGCUUCGGGAAGUCGCAAGGGCAGACGUGAUCCGCGACCGAGACAGCGAUCUCUGUCCGGGAGAGCUCACGCUCUGGCAGUUCUUUCACAAUGAAACCACCACGAGCUGCUGCCCCAGCAACUCCACGGAAUGUGCUGGUUGUGCCGUCUUCUCGGAGGGGAAAUGCCAGAAGUGCGAGGACGGCUACCUGAGUCGAAACGGUACAUGCGUGGCCUGCCUCAGCACUAUCGACUGGGUCACCGAGAACGGAGUAUCUUGCGACAGGAUCACGGAGGCGGACUGCAACGACAGGCCAGUAAAGGGCCAGAGCAGCAAUCAGGCAUGCUGCAAGUGCAAUGGAGGACACAAGACCCCGACGCCGUUCAAGUAUGCGGACAAGCGAUUUUCUGUAGGUGUCCCCGUUUAUUUGGAGCCUCUUCCUCGAACGGCCACCAGGUACUCAGUGAAUGGCGACUGCAACUUGGCUGCCCGGAACUUGACACUCGACGGCAGCACUGGCGUGAUCUCCUACCAGGCCUCCAUGGCCCGCCCAACAGAGGCCUUUUCUGUGCAAUGCGAAAUCACUGCACACCAGGGCGUCGGUCUUUCGGAGACGGUGAAGGUGUCGGUGGUUGUGGAGCACAUGACAUACCCCUCUGCCGUUCUAGUCUUCUCCCAGAAGACGCCCUCCUACCCUGUCGCUGCUUCGGGCAUGCUGCAGGACUUCAGCAUGGUAUGUGCACCCGAGCAAUCGUGGCUCUCCGUCGAUGCCUCGGGCACCGUCACCUCCCAGACCGAUGUGACCGCCGGAGCCGGUGGUGUGACGGAGGCGGGGGACGACUACUCGGGGAUGGAUGGCGGAGUCUGUGUGGUGACCGCCACCGGGAAUACGACUAAGAGGACUGCCACCUUUGCGGCCAUCCGGCCUCGACCCUGGCCGGAACUGGUCUACGAGUCCUCCUAUGCAGAGGUGGUCGUCGGCGAGCAGCUGCCACCAUUGAAGCUCAAGACGCCCAAAGGAUACGAGGAAGGUGCCGGAGGACUCAAGCCGACCUCCUUCGUGAUCUCGUGCACCGUUGGAGACCCAAUCUGGUCCUACGACCGCAAUUGGGGUGUAGGCCUCUUGCAGAAUCAUCAGCUUCUCGAAGUUGCCCCGGAUGGGAGCAUCGCUCUUGCGCCCGGCGAGAGCAUGGCCCUGAUGUUCGAUGAGAUACCCGCCUACCAGGCCAAUCGGAAGAACUUUCUAAUGCACUGCGGAGUGUACGGUCUCUUCCCAGGGACAGACUUUCCGCCGAUUUUCACUCAGAUGGUCUUCAAGGUGAAGGACAACAAAUGCUGGGUGAAGGAACAGAUCGUCGGCGAAGUUGUCUGGGAGGAGCACACCACCGAGGAGACACACUGCCGGCAGGUCUGUCGUCUGUCAAAGGUCUGCUCCCAUUUCACCUAUGCUGAUGACACAUGCAGACACUAUCGCGUCAACACCGUGGAAGGGACGUCGGUGAUGACCUAUGCAAAGGUCACAGAUUGCACGGACCUGUCAACCUGCAUCCGCCUGAAGCAUCCUGAGUGGGUUGUUGCGGGCGACUACUGUCCUGUGGAGUACGACAUCCGUCGUGGAAGCCCCGUCUAUCGGAAAGACAGCCUGAUUCCACAGGAGGUGAUGUAUCUCGCCAGUGUGCCGAGGGGUUCCAGAUCUCAGUGCGCUACCGGAAGCUGGCUGGUGCAACGGGCGACGCCCGAGGUCGAUUACUUGGACCCGAAGCUGGGAUACUUCGAGCUGGCCGGUGAAGAGAUGCUCUGCCUGGAGCCAGGAGUGCCCAGCAUGAAGAACGCCACGAACACGACGGGUCAGGAGAGCUUCAUCAUCUCACUCGACUGGGCUACCUUGGCAUGUCCGCAGCCACUGACGCACGAAGUCGAGGACGAUGUUCUUCAUCCCCUCGUCUUCGAUGAUCCGACGACGCUCCAGCCGGACGACUUCUGGCUGCACCCCUGCGACUGCGUUCCGCCUGGCUGGGGCCUGGGCUUUCCCGCAAAUGCUCUCGUGGCAGAGGGCCUCCCUCCUGCCAGCGAUGGUGCCUUCAUUCCCCCGCCACUGCUCAUCGUUCAGGGCCAGUUCGCCUGCCCCUCCAG